AUGGGGGGUUGGGCCGGCUCCACCGGUGAUCUCACGCAAUCUCCCCGCGCCGUUAGAGCAAAGGCUGCUGGCUUCUGGAAGUGGGACCCGCGUUAG